AUGAAUGAUCAAAUAGUAAUGUACUCAGACCUGCCUCAUGCCCAGAAGUCAAAAAGGUCGCAAAUCAAACCUAAGGACACAAAUAGCUCCAUUUCAAUCAGUGAGCAGGAACUAACUUACGUGGAAUUAAAUCUUCACAAUGCUCCUCAGCAUCUCCAAAAUAGUGACAAGAAUUUCCACUGCAAAGGUAACCCAUCCUCUCCAGGGAAGCUCAUUGCUGGGAUCCUGGGAAUCAUCUGCCUGGUCUUGAUGGCCAGUGUAAUAAUCGUGAAAGUCACAGUUACUACUUCUUUCAAAUCAAAUACUGUAAUAGCUGUUCAAACACUGGAACAGAACAAUUCUCAAAUAACAAGCACCCAGAAAGAUUGUGGUCCUUGUCCAGAGGGCUGGUUUUCCUAUUCCCACAAUUGUUAUUAUAUUAGCGAUGAAAGAAAAAGCUGGAAUGAGAGUCAGAAGGCCUGUGUUUCUAUGGCAUCUAAUCUGCUUUACAUAGAUAAUGAAGAAGAAAUGAAAUUAAUGAUGUCUCUAUCAUUUGUUUCAUGGAUUGGACUCUCUCGUAAAAGCAGUGAUUAUCCAUGGUUAUGGAUAGAUGGCUCAAUUUUCAUAUGUCUGGAAAUAGAACCAUCAAAUGCUGCAUAUAAUUGUGCUAUGCUAGUCGAACAUGGGCCACAGUCAGACAACUGUGAAACUUCAAAAAAAUACAUUUGUAAGCAUGGAUUUUGA